AUGGCUGUUCUUCUGCUAUGUACAUCUGAUACUCAUAACAACAUUAAAAUAUUUAUAGCCAAUCAACUCAACAGAGAAUUUCGAGAUGCUCAAUGGCGAGGUAUGCCUCUACCCAUUUUAUGGAUUGCAGAAUAUUUCACUUUAGAUGGAGAAAACAUUCGCUGGAACAGAGGAUACCGAGAAGCUGGAUUCUACACUCAUGGCUUGCUCUGGAGUGCAUUUGGUUUAUGGCUGAUUGUCAAUUUUCUUUUUUUGUAUUCUCCUCGAAUUGGUUGUUAUAUGUGGGGUCUUACUGGCGUCAUUUUACUCACAUCAGUGAUUAUGUAUACUGGCAUUAUUUACAAAUGGCCUGAGCUAAAAAUUCCAUUCCGAGAUGGAGAUUUAGAGCUGAAUUAUGGCUGGAGUUUCUGGCUCAUUGCUGCUUCAGGAAUGUUUUGUAUUAUUUCUUUUCUUGCUCUGUUUGUUCUCGAUUGGAGAUGGCCACUGCUCUUCAUGUCACUAUUUGACUUGACGAAUGAAGACUGCUUGCUGCUUGAAGAAGAUUCACAAGAAAAUGCUCCUCUUACACUUGCACCUCAAAGACCCAGAUCUGUUCAAAAAUCGAGAAGUCAACAUUCCCAAAUCAAGCCUAUGUAUUCUGUUGAGGACGUUACUAUUGAAAACACUUCUACAUGCACACUCAGUGGCAGGACAUCACAACUGACCAGCAGCGCUGUAGAAAUGGAAGUUUUUGUUGCAAAAUCCUCAGAAGACUCGAUAUAAAUGUACAAUGGGUACACUGAUAGAUGUUAAUAAGGGCUGUCACGGCAAUGAACAAGGAUACACAGGGCAUGAAUUUAAUCGACACGAAGUUGUACUUGCAGUAAAUUGUCUUAGAACUUUGAUCUAGAUCGCUUAGUGCUGGGUUUUUCUUGGUGUGUCCAUAGUACUAGUGAUAGUAUAGAACUGGAGUGUCAACAGAAAAGCAAAGAAAUGUGAUGUGUACA